UCAUCCGAUCCGCGCGGCCGCGCCGGCUGUGUCAAGUUACAGAGGCGCCGGAAUCGGCCCCAGCGCGGCUCACUGCGGCCACGACCCACCUUUGCCCAUGGGGCCCUGCAUGCGCGCCCCUUCGCCCGGGGACUGACAGCCGCUCUCACUGGGAGACGCAAAAAACCCAGAAGGACCCCGAGCGUCGCACCAACCCGAGGACUCUGAAGAGGGAGCGGGGCCAGAUCCCCAACUUGGAACAUUCUUCGAAAUCACUUUUUUUUCCUACUUUGGCGUACCCCGUUCGCGCCUGCUGGUGGCUCUUGGCUGUCCCUGACUCCGACUGCUCAUUUUCUGUCCUCUUUGGAGAGCAAAGGAAAGGGACGUUCUCCAGCCACGCUGGUCUCCUUUCCCCCUGCCUAGCAGCUUGGACCACGCCUCUUGGAUCUCGUUUUUAUUUAUUCUAUUUAUUUAUUUAUUGGCUCUCAAGACGCGAGGGGAUGGUGGCGGAGCGCGCCCGCAAAGCGGCAGCCUCCGGUACCCGCGGCCCUGGGGAGCUGGGCGCGCCCGGGCCCGGGACUGUUGCGCUGGCGGAGCAGUGCGCGAGGCUGCCGAGCCCCGGGUGCUGCGGACUGCUGGCGUUGGCGCUGUGCUCGCUGGCUCUCAGCCUGCUUGCCCACUUUCGGACCGCCGAGUUGCAGGCCCGGGUGCUGCGCCUGGAAGCGGAGCGCGGGGAGCAGCAGAUGGAGAAGGCUAUUUUGGGAAGAGUCAACCAACUGCUGGACGAGAAAUGGAAGUUCUACUCACGCAGGCGCCGGGAGGCCCCGAAGAUGUCUCCAGGAUGCAACUGCCCACCAGGUGACGCCUACUGUGUGCAAGCAGUAGGCGCCUCAUAG